ACGGUCUAAACGAAGGCAGCCACAGCUAACGUGGCUCAAAGUUCUCACAAAAAGCCAACGCGUUUGCUGUAAUUUCUGUGUGCGCUAAAGAGAAGAGCAACAGCAAAGAAGAAGAAUACAAAAAACCAUAGCAUGGAAGCCAAAUCCAGCUUAAGCUCACAGGAGGAACGUGCUUCAAAAAGUUCAGAGAAACUCAAAAUGUUGGACAUAACGCGAGACAAGCCAGUCAAGGUGUCCGUUAAGGUGGCCGUGCCGGUGCGGGAUCACCCCAAGUUUAAUUUCGUUGGCAAACUGCUGGGUCCAAAGGGCAACUCGAUGAAGCGACUGCAGGAGGACACAAUGUGCAAAAUGGCCGUGCUGGGACGCGGCUCAAUGCGCGACAGGCGAAAGGAGGAGGAGCUGCGAGGCAGCGGCGACAGUCGUUACGCGCAUCUCUUUGAGGACUUGCACGUUGAGAUUUCUACGUUUGCGGCACCCGCUGAGGCACACGCUCGCAUUGCCUAUGCCCUGGCGGAAGUGCGUCGGUUUCUCGUUCCGGACUACCAUGAUGACAUACGACAGGAGCAAAUGUGGGAAAUGCAGGCGCUUACAUCGACGCCAACGCUAAGCCAUUUGGACGAUUCACAAUCGCCCACAAGCAUCAACCGCGGCCUGGCCGACAUGGAUACGUCCAAUGACGACAAGUCAGAUAAUGACACCAGCGGCAUGGAUUGCCUCUCGCCCGAUAAGCUCGACUGCGCUCAAUCCUGCAGCAGCGACACCCAACACCAGCAGCCCAGCCAACAACAGCAGCAGCAGCAGCAGCACCAUCAUCAUCAUCAUCACCAUCAGCAGCAGCAGCAGCAGCCAGCACAUUUCCAUCAGCUGCUACAGGCACAUAGCGGCGCAAGCUCAGCAGCAGCUGCGGCUGCUGCUGCCGCUUGUGGCGAGCAUCUCUCUGGACAAGCGAGCAGCGCCACAGCAGCAGCACUGCACACCACGGCAAUGGCGGUGGCAUUGCAGCAUCAGCUGACGGCAGCCGGCAUCGGUGGCCUGUUGAAGCAAGCAGCACCCGGCGUAGGCGUGGGCGUGGGCGGUGCCAUGUCGACGCUGCCUGCCACACAAGCGAAUGCCACAACGUUCCAGCAACUAACUGGCGAUGCUACCGAUGCAAACACAUCGGCAUUAACGCUGCUCGAACCACCCGGCGCACUUUUGCAUCCCGCGCUGCGCAACGUCAAGGCCAUCAACAUAGGAGGCGGAUUGGGGCGCAAGCGACCGUUACUGGGCGUGCCGCGCAGCGGCAUGAAUCCAACAAAGCGCACAGUGAUGAGCCUGCUGGCUCGUGCUAAAAACUCGCAGGCGUUGCAUACAGUGCGUCAGCCCAUGGUGACCACCAACAGUUUUGCCGAUUUUACUUACAGGCCACUGCAGAUGCUGGCCUCGCCCUUUAUCAUACCGCACCAGAGCAUGGAUCAGUCGAUCAUAGCGCUGCCCAAGGAGAGUCUCGCCCAAGGCGUCUAACCCUAUGACUUGUACGCGCUGCGACACACUGAUAAUGGUCCAACCUGACCGACUACAACACACCCCGCCUCCUUCUUCUAAAGACACUGCAAAUUUUUACAUGCCACAUGCAGCUGCAACGGUGGCCACCUCGCCCCUCCUUUGAUUACCAGAGAGAGCCUGUCUACACACACGAUUUGUUUUUAAGCGUAUUAUAAAUAAAAGACAAAAUGGAUGGAGAGUAUUUUCACUGAGAUGUUUUACUUCUAA